AUGUUUAAUAUAAAUAAGGCAUUGGCUGUAGCCCAUACUAAUAUUUCUGAAGUAAGAAUUUGGGAAGAUCUAACGCUAGGUGACAAAAUUGUGAUAGAUCUUAAAGAUAUAAAAAUUGGUCAUGUUACAAAGAUAAAUCCAAGCGAUGUUAGGAAGUUUGGUUUUAUUCUGGAGAACGUUUGGAAUUUAAAAAUAAAGGAAAUUCAUUUUUUCAACGUACCGAGAUAUGCAGAAAAAAUUAUUAAACUUUGUAAAACUUUGUUUAAUAAAAAGCUGGGUGAAAAGAUCUUUCUUCAUACUUCACUUGAAGAAAUCUAUAAAGUUGUGCCUAAGGAGAUAUUACCAAAAGAGUAUGGAGGAAAUGAAAAAUCCUUACAUGAACUUAAUGAUAUGUGGCUAAAAAAGACGAAGCAAUACGAGGACCGUUUUACAAAACUUGAAAAUAUGGAUAUUAAUAAUUAUAUCAGACCAGAUUUUGGCUACAAUGAUAUAUCAGGAUAUUUUGGAAAUUACAUGAAACUUGAAAUGGAAUAA